CAAAGCAUAUUCCCUCAGUCCCUCAGUCCCUCAGUCCCUCAGUCCCUCACCUUUCAUCUUUCUUUUACCUUCUUUGCUUUUCUCAUUUCUUCUGUAUUUCUACACAAGAAAUUGAUCUCGGAAAUACAGACGAUGAUGAUUUCUGGGUUAAUGUUAGAAAGUUCAGGUUUGGGUUGUCUACGUAUUCCUAAGCUACCUAUUAGCAAUCAUAGAUUCAAUGGAACCAGAUUCAUAGGUUCUAAUUCAGUUCGAAUUGCGGCGGGACGGAUAUCAGGAACAUGGAUUCGACAUUUUCUUGGGCGGCAUACCCUUAUCAAAUGUGCUACUUCAUCGGGAAGGAGCUAUCAAGAACCGAGUUUUGACGAUUACCGUCCAGAGCCCUAUUGGCUAACUCUGACUAAAGAAGCAUACUGGGCCUUGAAAUCCUUGUUUGUGUUUCUGGCCGAACAGCCUGGUCAGCUGAGGUAUAUAGAGUGGCCAAGCUUUCAAGGCACGCUGAAAACUGCAACCCUCACUCUUGUGCUUGUAGCCUUGCUUAUCAUUGCGCUGUCUUCUGUUGACUCAGCCCUUUGCUAUCUCUUGGCUUUGCUGCUGCGGAAACCUGCAUGAGCCACUGAUCUGAAGGCUACUUGGAAAAUGAUUUUCAUAGUAAAGAGUUCCAGAUUUUAAUUGCACCACCACCCAUAAGUAGGCAUCACAGGCAAGUUCCCCAUUUGCCACACUAAAACUGAUAUUUCAAUCUCUGGUUAUAGCACAAGUGGCAUGUUAGGAAGGUCACUGCGGGGCAAGGUGCAACCAUGCAAGAAGUGCUUUCUCCACAAUUAUUACAGAGUACCUUUUCAGUUGAAAUUGUUUUAUGGUGACAUGAGGGGGUCAGAUAAUUUUUUCGUUUAUACUUUUGAAAAUCAUAAGAUACUAUUUUCUGUGGUCAAGAUCAUUUCAAGGUACAGUAUUAACAAUCAGUAGAUCAGACAGGGAGCUGAGAUUGGAGCAGGUUCAGUUUAAUCCAUUUAUCAACUUA